AUGAUACAUGACCCAAAGUACACUUUUCUUAAGCGCCCUUAUCAAUAUAACAAGCCUUUACUUAAUGAUUACAAGUGGUUGGGUGAACAACCUACUUGUGGAUGCUGGCAAUUUGCUUAUGUACAUAAUGAUCCUGUUUAUAAAAACCAUGAAGUAUCAUUAGAAACUUUUAAAUCCUUCAUGUCUUAUAGUCCAACAUGGAAAUUCAUCAAACAAACCAAAUGGAAAUACAAUUUUCGAGACGGUUACGUAAAAGAAUAUCGAGACCCUUUCAUUUAUGAGGCCAUAAAAGAGUAUAAUCCUGCAUAUUAUUAUGAACUUUGCGAUAAAAAUAAAGCAUCAAGAACAGGAAAAAUGUUCUUUUCACUUCUUCAGUACUUAAAUUUUUCUCGUGUCAAGCCACUCACAUACCAGGAAGCUAUAAGAGUUCUGUCCAAAAAUACUUCAGCUGGAUUCAACGGAUUAGAGUAUUCUGGUUCAACAGAACGGAAACUUAAAGGAGAAAUUCUUGAAUUUAUUAAGAAGAAAUAUCUUGAUAAUCGAAAGUUGAUUUUGUCAGGGGAAGAGCCAGACAAUUAUUGCAUAUUCUCUAUGCGAGAUCACUUGUCAGAAAGAACAGAUGUGAAAACUAGCCCUAUUUGGGUAUUAUCCGGAUCUAACACCUUAGCGGAGCUCAGAUAUUAUCAACCUUUCUAUGAUCAGAUCAAUUCAAAAGAUUUCUUUAAGAAUAUUUGGAUUAUUGGAAAGGAAUCGAUGCUUAAAUUAAGUAGAUAUCUCAGAAGACGUGAAGGAACGGUUGGAACAUUGCUGAUUAAUAGUUUACUCAACACAAUUGCUGGACUGACUAUUAUGUCAAUGAUGCGUCUUUUUUCCUUGGAAGAUCAGCUCGAUUUUGAGAGCAAAGUUUUUGAUCCCAAUUGGCUAGGGGAUGAUUUUGUUUUUUUCAUUCAAGGUUUUUUUGAUCUCACAAAGUUCUCACAGAUGAUGUUUAAAUAUUUUGAAGUUAAACUUAACAUUGAGAGGACUAUCAAUACCAUGGAUAUGGAGGAAAGAAAAUACUUGGGUUAUCAACUUAAAG